CAAACCACCUCCCCUCCUCCCUUCCCCUCUCGCUCGCCGCUCUCCCAUAAAUCUGCACAGAGCAGCGCGGCAUUUAAUGCCCUCCAACCUUUGGUCUCCCUCCCAAACGCUCCCCCAUUCCCCUCUCGCCCACCGGCCACCGGGCGCCAGCCCACAGAUGCGGUCGCGACCACCGCGGCAAGAUCGAAUCCAUGGCGAGAGCGAGCAGAAGCCGCGGGCUCGGUGCUUGAGCGCUUGAUCCUCGGAAGUUCCAGCAGUGAUCGCGUCCCUUGGCUCGAGGAGGAGAGCAGGAAGUCAAAAGGAGGGUUCUUUGUUCUUUCUCGUGUUUCUUCUGCGGAUUCUGCGUUUCUUGGGAGUGGCAAUGAGGCGGCACGGGUGGCAGCUCCCGUACCACCCUCUCCAGGUGGUGGCUGUGUCCGUGUUCUUGGCGCUGGCGUUCGCGUUCUACGUGUUCUUCGCCCCCUUCGUUGGGAGGAAGGUGUUCCAGUACGUGGUCAUGGGGCUCUACACUCCGCUGAGCAAGCAGGAGCUGUACAUGUCAGACUCUUCAUUUCUGUCCACUUCAGCUCUACUGUCUUUGGGCUGUUCGCCAGCCACAGUUUUAUGUGUCUUCUUUCUAUACAUCUGGUGUGCUGCAGCGAACCCAGCAGACCCAGGGGUCUUCAAAUCAAAGAAGUAUACGAGCUUGUAUGGAAGUGGAAAACACAAGCAUCUGAAGGAAUCCAGAAAAGGUGUUUCAGAUACUCGGCUGCAACUAGAGGAAACUGGAGGAAAGCAAGAACAUGAGGUUACAGUGUCUAGUGAGAAGUCAAUGUCUCAACACAAGGACAAGAAUCCAUCUUGCUGCAGUUCAACUUUCUCCUCAUUUCUCCUUAUAUUCUACCCUGUCUCUUCCAUUUUCUCCUGCUGUCGAUCACAUGAAUGGCCCUCUGAGCAGCAAGCCAGUGAGGAAGGGAUGUUUUUCUGCAGCCUAUGUGAAGUUCAGGUGUUGAAGUAUAGUAAGCACUGCAGAGUUUGUGACAAAUGCAUCGAUGGUUUUGAUCAUCACUGCCGGUGGCUCAACAAUUGUAUUGGAAAAAGAAACUAUAGGAGGUUUUUUGUUCUAAUGUCUACUGCCCUUGUCUUGCUUAUCCUACAAUCAGCAAUUGGAGUACUGGUGCUAGUGCUAUGCUUCGUCGAGCGGAAGGAAUUCUCUAUUCAAAUAUUCUCAAAGCUAGGGAGCAGCUUCUCUUUGGUGCCCUUCGUGAUUGUGGUGGCAUCAUGUAGCAUCCUAGCCAUGGUUGCUUCACUCCCGAUUGCCCAACUUCUUUUUUUCCACAUUCUUCUUAUCAAGAAGGGAAUCAGUACAUAUGACUACAUCAUUGCCCUGAGAGAGCAAGACCAAGAAGAUGUUAGUGGGCAGCAGAGUCCACAGAUGUCUCGUGUAAGCUCCUACACUGGACUCAGCAGUGCUAGUUCAUUUGGUCCACUUCGUCGUGGUUCGUGGUGCACUCCUCCAAGGCUGUUUCUUGAAGAUCAGUAUGAUGUUAUUCCGUCAGAGGCUGGCUCUUCGCAUAAUUCUGCUACCAAGAGAAAAGGAGAUGAAGUAAGGCGGAAGAAGGGCUCAGGGGCUGUGAAAAUAAGUCCAUGGGCAUUGGCUCGUCUUAAUGCAGAAGAAGUUUCCAGAGUUGCUGCAGAGGCACGGAAGAAGUCCAAAGUUUUAGUGCCUAUCAAAAAAGAUGAUUAUUCACGAGGCCAUGAAACAGAUAGUAGCUAUGGAGGUAUGAGCAGUGGCAGGAUUGACCUAGGCCCUGAUAGCAAGAGAACGAACAGAAGAGGAAGACAGCCCAGUGAUCUCUCUCUCAAACCUGUCGCAAAGAUAUCUACAGAUGCUAUUGAUAGUACUGGCAGCGAAAUGCCCCCUGAAGCAUUGUCCAGUUUAGCACCAUUGCAACUCGAGGCACGGAGCGCCUUCCAUCCUAGUAGAGCUGCAUCUUCCGCAAACAUAGGCGGAUCAUCUCCAGAUAGCAGUUUGGAUUCGCCUGAUCUGCACCUGUAUCGAGUCUCAGCUGUCUCCUCAUCUGGAGCUGAAGACCUGCAAUUGACAGCCCUCACUGCCCCAGGAUGCACUCCACAGCAAGGGAUCGAGUUGUCGAGAUCGACCAGCGACGGGUAUGAGGCAUCAGGGGGUGAAGACAGUGACCGCAUUCCAUCAAGGAUAGUGCACCACUCGUCAAACUGGGCAAGCAUCAUCCUCAACUCGGAUCAGAGCGUGUCCUCAUCAGGCAUCCUCGUGCCAAAGAACAGAUUGUCCUGACUGACUUCGGACCAACUCCAUGUUCAGCUUCGUUCAUAUCAUUCAGAUGAAUGAAGAUUGUAAAUGAUCGGCCGACAACCAGAGAUCCCAGUAUCUGACCUCGUUUGACAUUGAUGUCAAAACUUGGCACAGCAGUGGUUGGAUACUGUGAAAUUGUUAAUUUUUUUGGUAGUUUCUGAGUUGCUAGAUAGGCUGUUUCUGAAUUUCAUCAAUUGGGAGCUCAGGCGCUUGUACUUUUGCUGUCAGAUGACAAUGAACGGAUUUAUUUAGAGGUCAAUACAUUGGAUCUCUUGGAUCAAGGCCUGAUUGGUUGGUGAU